AUGUCAGAGUCUGUUAAAGAAGAAGUUCCAAUUGAAUCAGGCGAUUACGAGGAGGUCGUAGAGAUUGAAGAAAUUGAAGAUGCCAAUGAGAAAGCGCAACGUGAAGAAAACGAAGGGAAGCGUAUGGUCGAGUUGAAAAAAGUUGGUCAAAUAAAAGAGGGAGCUAAACAUGAUGUGACAACACAAGAGAUGACCACAGCGAAAAAAGUCUUAGAAGCUAUGCAAAGGAGUCAAGAAGAACAAAAGUAUCAAGAUCGUGAGGAUCAAUUAGUCGCCAAAUUGAAAGAUGAAGAUGUUGAUUGUUAUCCAGGAGAGACUAUAGAACAAGCGAAGCGUCGAGUUGUCGCUGAGAUGAUAGAAAGAGAGCGUAAGGGGAGUGUUUUUAAUGAUAAAUUUACUGCACAAGAGAAGAAGAUCAUUGAGAACAUUUUUGAUGUUCGAAGUGCUCCGUAUGACACUUUAUUUGAUAUCAAAUGGGGUGUACGGUCUAAUGCAGCUGCUGUUAAAGAAACGAGAGGGUACUUAAUCGACAAACAAUUCCCAUUUUUGUUCACAAAGAAAGACCCACAAUUUGGUGUUUUUUGCAAGAAGAACACAUACAUCUACUUAUCUCCUGGUAACUCGGCUGAAACAUUUGAUGUGUACUGUUGGUAUGGCUCACAGGUUUCUAUUGCAAAGAGAGGAGUCUGCUCCAUGUUGGCUUCACAGCUUGGCGUCUGUUUGGAUAACCACGUCAAAUAUCACAUGGAAGAAGAAGGAAGUGAGUCCAAUGAGUUUAAAGAACUCUUUGAAGAGAAUGAAGGAUUUUCAGUCAUAGAAGAUGGAGAGUCUGGCGAUGUGUUAGGUGAGCCAAGAAAGCCAUUAAGAGCAAUUAAGUUAUACAAGAUCAACGAAGUUUGUCAAAAUUUAACACGAGUUGAACAAGUCGAUCCAAGUGUAGCUUCAUUGACACCAUAUGAUGGAUUUGUGUUUGAUGACGGGAAAAGAGUCUAUGUCUUUGUUACAAAGUAUGCGACAAGUCGGAUCAAAAACCGAGCACUUCAGUUUGCUAUGGUGUUAAAAGGAGACAACAACUAUAAAGAUUCAGAGGUCUUUAUGGAGCCGUCAAAGACGAUGAUGCUCUUCUAUAAGUUAAUGAAAAUGGAAGAUAUGACGUAUGAUGAGAUGUGUGACUACAUCUUGAAGAAAUAUAGUCCAGACACUUCUGCACCCAAUUUUGGGCUUCUGUUGAGAUUUACGCACAACACUAAAACAACACAAGUCAUCAAAACAAUCAAACCAAACAACGUCCCAUUAUCAAAAAACAUGUUACAAAGUCAUAGAUGUUACAUUUACGAUUGUGGGAAUGAAGUCUUCACGUGGAAAGGGAAGAAGUGUUCAAGAAAAGAAUGGGAAAUGCUUCGACUGUUAGCGAGUAGAGUCAUUAUGCAAAUGGUAUCUUCAAGACCGUCUUGGACUAAAAUCCAAGAAGAAUUUGAAGGGAUGGAGAGUGAAGCUUUUAAGUGUCAUGUGACUGAUUGGAAGUACACUGUUGAGAAAAUCCCGGACGACGAUUAUAACAAAAUCAUCCGACUUGUAUCGAAGAGAAUGGAUUUCAAUGCAGACGCCGAGUCCAAAAUCAAUGACGUCAAAGUCCAAUUUGCGAAGAGAAAAGAAGAGGACAUGGAGAAGUUGGGAGACAAAUUCGAUGUCGAAAAAUUUGAUUCUGAGUACCGAGAAGCUGUCGACAAAAUCACAAAGAGUCUGGUUGGCAAGCAAGACCCCGUCAUUUACAUGUAUCAAUGGGAUGUCGAUGGGUAUCAAAAGAACCUCCAAAAGAUGUUAGAGAGUAAAAGAGUGUCAUUAGUGUUAUCACCAGAGACCAUCACCGAGAAGGAAGACUUCCACAAGAUGAUGGUGACUGAUAUUAAAGUGAAUGUAUUCCUUGACUUACUCUCCGGAACAACAUAUGAAGCUACCAAAGAGCAAUUGAGUAUGUUUUAUGAUGAACAUCACAUCGAGUUGUUCGAUGAAAAUUCGUAUGUCAUUAGUGUAGAGAAGUGGGACAACGACAAUGGAAAUUGGAUCAGAAGAAUGUACUUCUGGGAAGGUAAACGAACGAAUGAAUUAUAUUAUACACAGUUCCUUGGGAAGUUUUUCAAUGGGAUGGUCAAAGCGUUUGAGAGUGCGAAGCGUCGCGACAAAGAUGCAGUUGAAAAGAAAAUAGAGUUUGAUUACGUGCGAAUUAAAGAGGGAAGUGAGCCGGCGGAGUUUGCAGAACUCUUUGAUUAUCGUAUUGUUGUGAAAAGAGGGAACAUGAAGGACCGGAUUCAAGUGCAUGAAAUAGAUGAAGAUGAGUUGAUGAGACAACUUGAAGAGGAAGACAACAAGAAAGAGAAUGAUGACGAAUAUGAGUAUGAAUACGAUGAU